AUGGCUCGAACCAAGUGUACCGCCGGCAAAUCGACUGGAGGAAAGGCUCCUACAAAGUAUCUCAGGGCUUUCUACGCCUCCGCUCGUAAAACAGCUCCCACAGUUGGAGGAGUGAAGAAGCCUCACCGAUAUCGCCCUGGAACCGUUGCUCUUCGUGAAAUUCGCAAGUACCAGAAGGGCACUGAACUGCUCAUAAGGAAGCUACCUUUUCAGAGGCUCGUUAGGGAGAUUGCUCAAGUUUCCAAGAUCGAUCUGCGUUUUCAGAGCCACGCGGUGCUUGCUUUACAGGAGGUUGCGGAAGCAUACCUUGUCGGGCUAUUUGAGGACACCAAUCUGUGUGCCAUCCAUGCAAAACGUGUGACAAUAAUGUCGAAAGACGUUCAUCUGGCUAGGAGGAUCAGGGGUGAGAGGCUCUAA